AUGGUAUUAGAUGAUUAUGGGAAGAAGUCCGACCUUCCAAUCCAUAAUUUCACUCCCAAGAAACAAAAUACCUUCCCUCCGUUGUACAAGAAAAUUGUCAUAGGUGUCACAUCGAUUUUCAUACUCUGGUACCUAUUUUUAAGCGGAGGAGGAGAAGACAGGCCGGUUUUGCAGAUACCCGAUGAAUUGGACAAGUUGAAGCUGAGUAGCCAUCAGUUGUACAAGGCUACCAAAGAUGGAAUAGUUGAAAUAGAAUUGAAAGAAAAUUCUCUGGCAGAAAGCGAAAGCUCUGCAGGUGGAGUUAAAGCAGAAGAGAAGACACCCAUUAGCGAAGAUGAGCUUUUCAAGCAGACCGUCAGUUACUACGAUUUGAACGAUUAUCGUGGAACUGGAGACGGCCUUUCACAGGGAGACGUUGUUCUAUUCCUUAUGCCGUUGAGAAAUGCAGAAUCUGUUUUGCCAAUGGCAUUCCACAAUUUGAUGAAUCUCACUUACGAUCAUCUGCUCAUCGACAUAGCCUUCUUGGUGUCUGAUUGCUCUCCGGAUGAUAGAACUUUGGAAACUGUAUUCGACUAUUCUGUACAUUUACAAAAUGGUACGCUAGUGGAAAAGUUCCAAAGUGAAGAAGAAUUGAGGAAAUCCAAGAAAUUUAGAGGCUCAUCUGAUUUGUAUCAAUUAUACAUGGAUCAAGACUACAUAAAUAAUGUCAGAAAGUCCUACAACAACCCUGAACUGUACCACAAGGACUAUUCCAAGCCUUUCAGAUCGGUAUCCAUCUUCCGUAAAGAUUUUGGUCAAAUGAUUGGACAGGGGUUCAGUGAUAGACAUGCCGUUAAAGUUCAGGGAAUUCGUAGAAAGUUGAUGGGAAGAGCUAGAAAUUGGCUUACCACCAAUGCAUUGAAGGCUGAGCACCUGUGGGUUUACUGGAGAGAUGUAGAUAUUGAAACUUGUCCAGGUACUGUAAUCCAAGACUUGAUGCAGCAUAAUUAUGAUGUAAUGGUGCCUAACGUCUGGAGACCAUUACCAACAUUCUUAGGCAAUGAGCAACCGUACGAUUUAAACAGUUGGAUCGAAUCUGAUCCUGCAUUGGAGUUGGCAAAGACUUUGGACGAAGACGAUGUUAUUGUUGAGGGUUACGCAGAAUAUCCAACCUGGAGAGUACACUUGGCUUACUUGAGAGAUGCUAGAGGGAACCCCAAUGAAGUAUUGGACCUAGAUGGGGUUGGAGGUGUCUCGAUUUUAGCAAAAGCAAAAAUCUUCAGGCAUGGUGUGCAUUUCCCAGCUUUCACAUUUUUGAAUCAUGCUGAAACUGAAGCGUUUGGAAAGAUGGCUAAAGAAAUGGGUUUCACUGUUGGAGGAUUACCUCACUAUACAGUGUGGCAUAUAUACGAGCCCAGUGAAGAUGAUUUGAAGGAAAUUGCUAAGAUGGAGAGGAAGAAGAGAAGAAAGGGAGGGAAAUAG